AUGCAAGUAUAUACCUUAGUGUUUGUUCUUAUUCUGCUGAUUCGAAAGAACUCAGCUCAGACAAUUUGCUAUCAAAUAAGUGCUGAUAAGAAUUUGAAGUAAAUCUAGCAAUUACCUCUCAAUUAAAGACUAGAGUUUUACAAUAAAAUACCUAAUUAUAAUUUUGCUUUAGAUUUCAGCAUAAACAAUUCAGACUUUCUGGCUAACUAUCCUCCCAGUUUAUUUUUUACAUAUUUGUUCAUAACUACUUCCAACAAAUAAGUAUUAGAUAAAUUUACUACUUUUCCAUCAAUCCAAUAGAUUUAACAAAACUAUGGAAACCAAGCUUUUUACAUCACUUUAGUUUUCGAUUCGUCAAGUUUUUAGCAAGCGAUUGAUUCUUAGGCACUUCAAGCCUACAGUUCAAUCACUUUCUUUCCUAUGCUAACCCUUCCAAUCUUUGUGCAGAUAAACUCCUAGAGCUAGCAAUUAAUGAUUUCAAGUACUUUAAUAUCUUAGAUUAACGAUGUAUCCACUCUAGUCUUACUCUAUCCUACUUCAUUUGCUUCGCAGCCAUAAAACAGCAAUAAUUUAGGGUGCCAGCUUUAUACUGAUUUUGUUAGUAUAAAUUAAUGCUCUUUUGCAACUAAUUCGUCUUCAGGUUUAAGUAGUAUUAGCUUUAACUUAUCUGGCUAGAAUGUUUCUUUAUAAAAUAUCUCUGCAACAAUAGUCCUCAAUUCAACUACAUUUAUCUAAAAUAAAUUAUCAACAGUAAAAUUUCAAAUGCAAUUACUUAAUUACUACUAAUCUUAGAUAGCUCAAUCUCCAUUAUUCGCUAUUUAAGAUUAAAGAAAGUGCUAACAAACAACAAGCUUUUCUGCAAAUCUUAUUGACAAUACCAUGCAAUUCUUGUAAAUGAAAAGACUCUAGGUGAGUUUUACUCCUGCCACACAAAAAAUUACAAGAUUAAUGAUAGAUUUCCUGUAAUAAGUUAAUGUCAAAACAAAUUCAUCAAAUAUUGUGUUGAUACUUUCAGAUACAUCUCAAGCAAAUUCUUUUGUAAUAUUCUGUAAUAAGGUCUAUCAAUCUCUAGUACUUUGCGACUUGACUAAUUAUUAACUUUUUGAUUUUACAAAAGGAAUUUUGAUAACUCUUCCAUACUUCUAAACUGUCUAGCAAGUGCAAUAACCAACUUUCUCUUUCCAGAUAAUUUACUAUGGAGAUCUAAGUUAUUCUAAUUGCUAUGUCACUACCCUCACAGUACAAUAUUUGCCAAUCCCUUCUUUAUUUUCACCAAUCGCUUAUCUAUACAGUAAUAAUACCUUACAAAUGUCUCUCUUUGAUAAACUAAGUCUAGAUAGUUCAAUGUUCAUUUAAAUUCAGUUACCUAAUUUGCUUAGUUUUUCUUAAACUACUUAACUUGGAAAUACUUCAGGGAUUAGCAAUCUCUCAAAGAUCUCUGUAUAAUCUCAGUAAAAAGCCCAAUUGUCUUAGAUUAAUUAAUCUAUUUAAAGCAUAUAAUCAGGAAUAUCAUUUUCAUUCACUAAUGUUUAGUAAAUUAAUACUGAAUGUAAUUAUAAUUCUACAAAUUUAGUUAGAAUACAAAUAACCAACACUCAAGGAUUAUUGAUUUACAAUAUAACGGCAGCACUCUAAAUUUAGCCUAAACAGAUUAACAUUGUAUCAAUAAACACAAUCUACUUAACACCGGAUUCAUAAUCAUAGUCACAACAGCUAAAUUAAUACUUUAAUGUCUCAAUGACUACUCUUGAAAUAAACUUUCAACUUUAAUCCAGCUACUACCCAUAAUAAUCAGCAUUUAUGAUUUAUAUGCCUCCUCAGCUAUCAAGAGAUAGUAGAAUAAGCAAUGUUUCAGUUGAUAUAUCUAAUGAAUUUCUUAAUUAUUGCAAAAUUCAAACUAAUUCUACAUAAAUUUCAAAUUAAACUGUAAAUUACUAAAACAAAAUUUAAUAGAGAGAAGUAAUUUCUAUUAUUUGCUAAUAAAGUGGAAACACAAAUACUUAAAGUGUUUUUACUGUAACAAUCUAAGGCUAUCAAUUACCAAGAUAAUUAUAAAAACCAACAGAUAGACUUAUUAUUGAUUUAAUUGACUUUUCUUAAAAGCAAAAUCAGCCUUUGCCUCUAUGCCUUACAACAGAAAAUCCUGAUAUCUCAAAUUAAGUUAAAAGUAGUUGGGUUUUUACAAAUACUAAAUAAACUAGCUUUUUUGUUUCACAAUAUGAUUUUAAAUUUAACGGUAGCUCUGACUAAAAUACAUUAACCCUUCAGUCUUUGUUAAAUAUGACAACGUAUUACAAUAUUAGUGAUGGAGACUUAUUGUUCAUAUCCUUUUCAAAAAUGAACUUUUUUAAAAUAGAAACUUUAAAUGGAAAAUUACUUCCAAAUUAAAAUUCUACUGAAAAUAAAGAUUUAAAUUGUUCUUUGGUUUAUCCUUAAUCAAGCGCAUAAUCUUCUGCUUUAUCUUAGUGCAUUUUAUUAGAAACCCCUUCAAACUACUCAAUUUAAAUUACUCUUAAAACAGCUAAUUUGAAUUCAAUAAGUGGUUGGAAUAGCAAAGAUAUCUUUAUAACAAUAAAUUCAUUAGCGUUUUAGUAACUCCUUCCAUCUAAUAAUACUAAAAUUUAGUUUACGCACUUCUCAAGUGAUCAAUAUUUGUUAAGCUAAUCUAAUUAUUUAUUAAAUAGCCAGUAAACAACUUCAAAUGUAUUUUACUCAAUAAAUUAAAUAAGUUCUGUCACUCAGUAAACAAUAACUAGCUUUGUCUAAACAAUUAAAUUUGAUUUUAUUAAAAUUUAAUUUUUAAUGUAAACCUUAAUGUCUACUUUAGAUUCUGGAUUAAAUUUAGCUAUAAACUUUUCAUAACAAGUCUAUUUUAAUGUUCAAACAUUUUGUUCUUUGGAUAAUAUUUGCUCUUAGAGUAGUCAUCAAAUAAAAUGCAGUGUCUCUUCUGACGGAUUUACUAUCCUACUUAGUUAAAUUGAUUAAAAUGCCUUUUGUUCUCCACCUGUUUUGACUAACUUUAAUAUCACAAUUCAUAAUCCUGAAAUAAAUAACUAAAAUUCAACAGGAGGUGCUGCUUAAUCAAUAGCAAUUAAUUGGAAUUUAACAAGCACUACAAGCUCUUAAACUCUUUUGUCGGGACACACUUCAUUAACUACCAACACCUCCUAAUGUCCUUAACCUCACUGCGCCACUUGCACAUCUCCUCCAUCCAUUUGCAUUCACUGCACCCAAGGCUAUUAUUUACUUCCAGAUCAAAACUCAUGCGUCCAGACUUGUCCACCUCCAACAGUCGCUCAUCAACAAACAGCUACUUGCCAGCCAUGCUUCCAGCACCAAGAGUGUCUUCAAUGCCAGUCUCAAAACCCAGCUGCUUGCACCUCAUGUUCUCCCACCUAUUCCCUCAAUUCCACUCUCCUCCCCUAUUGCUACGUGCCUCUUCCUCCUUCUAGUAGCGCUUCUUCCUCCGUCACCAAGGAUGUUGUCAAUCGCACGCCUUCUAACUCAACCUUUUCAGGAGCACUCAAUCGACCUGAGCCAGGACAGCCCUCACAAAAGUAGCAGUAGCAGUAGUAGUAGUAGUAGCAGCAGGAGCAGCAGCAACAACAAGAACAACAACAGCAGGAGGCCCAAGCUAGCGAUCAGCGAGGCUUUGCUCAUUUCUUAGCUCAAACCAAGUCUUAUACGAAAGGCUUUAUUUUGACACUGCUGAUUCCCCUCUCAAUACUCGGUGCUUGCCUCACUAGGCUAGUCACCUUUUGUCUGAAAAAGCGAGAAAAGAAGGUGCAUCCACCACUGCCUAGUGAAUCGAGGAGUGCACAGAUUGCACAAAACUUGGAUGAAAGGUAAGAAACACAAAAAGAUGGAAAUGGUGGCGAUGAAGAACAGAUGAGAGCGUCUUCGAGGGUAGACACAGCAAAUAUGUGUCCUCUGAACUCAAGAAGAGGCGAGUAGUUAUAAUUGGAAGGUGUGCAGUAAUAAAGCGAUGGUGGUGUUGGUGGUGGGGAAAGUGAAGGAAACGGGUAUUUAGCGUUCUGCUGGAUAGCAGUGAUCCUUUUGUUGGGAAAUGUGGGUGAUUUAGUAGAGGUGCCUUAUAUUAUCUUCUCACAGUAGAACUCGUUUUCUAACAAAAGCACAACAAAUGUAUUUGACUUGUAAUUUUCAGAAGCAGACAUGGGCUAGAUUUGUUGUUUGAGCUACAUCGCACUAAACGCAGUUUGCUACUUGAUCUGCGUCGUAAUGAUGGUAAAGGCUAUAAUUUUUGAGACUGGAAGUGGUGAGCCUCUGUUUUGUAUUUACGAAGUGAAGCUGAGUAGCAGUAGCAGUUUUUGUGGAGAAGAAAUGAAGAAGGAUAAAAGUGAAGCUGCUGCGUGCAAAGGGGAUUCGAAUGCUUAGAAUGAGAAUGGAGAGAAGCACAAAAAAGUGUUGAGUGGGCGAAAGCUAUGGAAGCUAAUAAUAGAUGUUUUCUUGAGAUGUCUGGUAGUUGUUGGUGGAAAAGCUUUCUGCAUGGUUUAUUCAAACGUGGCAAAUGUAAAGGGAUGGUUAACAUGCUAAGUAGAUAAAAAUUUGAGAGCAUUUAGAUUGUUCUAUAUGACUUUGUGCAUCCAUGCAAUCUUCAAUAUGAUAUCAGCAGUAUUCUUUACUCUCAUGCUUACUCAUUUCUCCUUUGCUUCUUGGACUGCAGUAGCACAAGAUAGCCUUACAAGCUAAGGUAGCGAUGGUGGAGUCGAAUUUUCGUUCUUUGUUGACAUCCUUGCAUUUAAAUUUUUAAUGUCUCUGAUUUGUUUUUUGAACUGCCUGCAUAUCUAACAGCUAAUUAGUGCCUGCAAAUCUCCUAAUCUUCCUGGACCCUAAAAUCCCGUUUCCCAUCGACUCUAAAGCCCAUCUACUCCUUCUUCUUCCGCAUCACCUGCAGACGCAGUAGAAAGAGACGCUUGCAAAGUUUCAUACUUUGAAAAUACACCAAAUGCUGCUGAAAAGACUACUCCAACUGCGGUAACGCUUGCCUCUUAUCGCCAGCAAGAAACAUCAGGAACUGGUUCUUAAAACCUCAUAGAAGGUAGACCAAGGAGAAAAAAACCAUCAAAGUUGAGUCUAUUGCUAAAAAGAGAUUCAGGAUAAAAAUCUGGUAGUUCACUUUCAUCUAGACAGCAAGAAACACCUUCGCCAAAUUUGCCUUCCUACUCUCCUAAUCUCUACCCAUCUCAAGCAUACAUUUGA